UCCAAACACCAAGCAAACAAUAUUUUCACUUCAUUAGCCACAUUCAAUAGUUGAGAGUGCUAAUUAACACUGAAAAAUGGCUAAGUUUGCUAUAUCCUCCAUUGCCCUUCUCCUCACUUUGAACAUUCUCUUCUUCACUAUGGUUAGCUCCACUAAUGUCCCAUGCCCACCACCCCCACACUCCAAGCCCCACCCCAAGCCUACCCCUACCCCCUCUACCCCAUCAACCCCAUCAUCAAAGGGUAAGUGCCCAAAGGACACACUUAAGCUAAAAGUGUGUGCUAACUUAUUGAAUGACUUGGUGCACCUUGUCAUUGGAAGUAGCCCAGCCAAGACUGAAUGUUGCUCUUUAAUUCAAGGACUUGCUGAUCUUGAUGCUGCUGUUUGCCUUUGCACUGCCAUUAAAGCCAAUGUGUUGGGAAUUAAUCUCAAUGUCCCUCUUUCCCUCAGCUUGUUGCUCAACAACUGUGGAAAGUAUGCACCCAAGAACUUCCAAUGCGCAUAAGCCAUUUAGUUUUCUUUUUCCUCCACUAUUCGAAAAUUUCCACUUAAUUAAUGUUUCCUUCAGUGUUAUUGGUAUUUUUUAUGCUUAUGGUUCUUAUUGCUCAGGAGAUAUAUUGUAUCUAAAAAGUUAGAAGGAAGGCUCGUUGCCUUGUUCUCUAUAUGCGAUGUAUCCAAUUUAAUUUGCAUUUGUAAUAAAUUUGACAUCUACUAAGGAGUAUUUUAUGUGUCAUUUUCAGUCA